AUUGCAAGAACCACACACAGCACCCAUCGAGCCAAAAAUCUAGAGUGAGAGGGGGCAAAUUUAGAGAGAGAGAGAAAAGGAGAGGUUGUGAUUGUGAUCUCUACAGAACGUGUAUUCACAAUCUUUAACGUGUCAUUACAAUCACCCUCUUUUUUCUCUAAAAAUUCUCCACCUUUUGAUAAUUUUGUUGUUUGAAACCAUUGUUUGUUUUCUAGUUCUUCCCCACUUGCAAAUCAUUUUUGUUUUUGCCCAUAAGGUGUUUGUAUAAAUUCCUCAGUGGGAAAGAGGAAAAAAAAACAAGUGUAAAAGUUCCUGAAUUUAGUCAGGAACAACAAGAAAACAUAAACCCCAAUUAAACAAAAAAGGGUUUUAGAUUUAAGAUCAAAAGAAAUCAAUUUUCAUUUCUGGGUUGAUUUUAUUCUUUGAAGUAAAAGAUGGGUAAAUCUGGGUUGAUGAAGGUAGUUUUGAUUAGCACCAUUUUGGUGGGUUUUUUGCUCUUGAUUGUUUCAGCAAAUGAAAAAACUUUGAAAGAAAUUGCUUCAACUGAGAUUGAAAUUGAAGAAAUUGAGGUUAAUUUUCUAAGAAAGGCGGUUAAUUUCCUAUGGAAAAGUGGUCAAAACACCUACGAGCAUGUCUGGCCGGAAAUGGAAUUUUCAUGGAAAAUUAUUGUUGGGUCAAUGAUUGGAUUCUUUGGAGCUGCAUUUGGGAGUGUUGGAGGUGUUGGUGGGGGUGGUAUCUUUGUUCCCAUGCUUACUUUGAUUAUUGGGUUUGAUUCCAAAUCUUCAACCGCCAUGUCAAAGUGUAUGAUUAUGGGUGCAGCAGUUUCAACUGUUUACUACAAUCUUAAGCAAAGGCAUCCAACUUUGGACAUGCCUGUUAUUGACUAUGAUCUUGCAUUACUCUUCCAACCAGUGUUGGUUCUUGGGAUCAGUAUUGGAGUUGCAUUUAAUGUUAUUUUUGCAGAUUGGAUGAUCACAGUUUUGCUCAUUAUUCUCUUUUUAUUUACAUCCACCAAGGCAUUCCUCAAGGGGGUUGAUGCUUGGAAGAAAGAAACUAUUAUGAAAAAGGAGAUUGCUCAACGUUCGUCAUCAAACGGUGAUAGUGGUGAUUACAAAGUUCUUCCAGCUAUUCCCGACAAAAAGGAAGUGGUAUCCAUCAGAGAAAAUGUACACUGGCCAUCAGUGGCAAUUUUGUUUGCCGUUUGGUUCGCGAUUCUAGGACUUCAAUUCGCCCAGAAGAACACCACUACUUGUUCUGUUGCUUACUGGGUAACCAACCUAUUGCAGAUCCCUGUUGCACUUGGAGCAUCAGGGUACGAGGCAUAUUUGCUGUACACCGGGAAAAGAGUGAUCGCUUCGAGAGGGGAUGCUGCCGGUUCCUGGAAAGUGUACCAGAUAGUUCUUUGCCUCUUUACUGGAAUGGCUGCUGGUAUGGUUGGUGGGCUUCUUGGUCUUGGUGGAGGAUUCAUUCUAGGUCCUUUGUUUCUGGAGUUAGGCAUCCCACCUCAGGUAUCAAGUGCUACUGCUACCUUUGCUAUGAUGUUCUCCUCAUCGAUGUCUGUCGUAGAAUACUACCUCCUUAAACGAUUCCCUGUCCCAUAUGCUGCCUACUUCGUUGCUGUGGCUACAUUUGCCGCCCUAGUCGGACAAGUUCUUGUAAGGAGAUUGAUUGCUUUUAUCGGAAGAGCCUCUCUUAUCAUCUUUAUCUUGGCGUUCACUAUCUUCGUCAGUGCAAUUUCACUUGGUGGUGUUGGUAUUUCAAACAUGAUAUACAUGAUUCGACAAAACGAGUACAUGGGAUUCGACAGCUUGUGUGCAUACGAAGCAUAGUCAAACAAUUUUUUGGGGCAAGUAAAAGCUCUACACUGGAGGAGGACGAGGGGCGGGAAAUUGGAUGUAAGACGGGAGAACGGAAUCUCUCGCCGUGGGGGCGAAAAAUGGGUAUGUGUUACGACUUACGAGUAUUUGGUGUAAUGGUGGAGCUACUUCAAAUGCAUGCUUGCCAAUAGGUUUUUAGCAAAUUUUUUGUGCUCAAGUCAAAUGUACUUGUAUUUCUCUGCUUAUUCAUUACAAUAAAAUUCACAUUAAAAGUUUUAGAUUUCA